CGGUGACGUCAUUGCCGAAUGCACCGCGCAUGCGCAGCAGCGGUCAGUGAGUUGCGCUGGCAGGUACACGGAGCACGAGAACACCUGUGCUUGCCACACCACAAGAUGUCUGGAUUCGAUAACAACCCCUUUGCCGAACCUGUUGAUGUCAAUCCUUUCCAGGAUCCAUCAGUCACUCAGGUGACCAGCACUGCAGUCGAUGGCGUGGGAGAGUUUAACCCGUUUACAGCCACUGCUCUGAGUGGAAGCACCAUCCCUGUGUCAGUCGCUUCUCAACCAGCGGUCCUCCAGACGACUGUGGAGCCCAGUCCACAGGCCAGUGCCGCAGCAGGACAGGCGGAUCUCCUCCGUCAGCAAGCGGAGCUGGAGAAGAAAGCAGCAGAGCUGGAGCGUAAAGAACAGGAGCUUCGGGAUCGAGACACUGCACGAGGUAAAGAGAACAACUGGCCACCUUUACCCAAGUUUCUCCCCAUAAAACCUUGCUUUUAUCAGGAUUUUAGUGAAGAAAUUCCCGUGGAAUAUCAGCGGGUUUGCAAGAUGAUGUACUACCUCUGGAUGUAUCACAGUGUGACGCUGCUCCUGAACCUGCUGGCCUGUCUGGCGUAUUUCUCUAUAGACACGAGACAAGGAGUUGACUUCGGACUCGCAAUCCUCUGGUUUCUUCUGUUCACUCCCGUCGCGUUCCUCUGCUGGUACCGACCCGUCUACAAGGCCUUUAAAUCUGACAGCUCCUUCAGUUUCUUCUUUUUCUUCUUCAUUUUCUCAUUCCAAGUAAUCGUGUACAUCAUCCAGAGCGUGGGCAUCCCUGGCUGGGGAAACAGCGGCUGGAUCACGGCCAUCAGUGUGAUCAACACCAAUAAAGCUGUGUCCGUCUUCAUGAUGCUGGUCGCUGCGUUCUUCUCUGUCAACGCCAUGCUGUCCGUCGUCUUACUCAAAAUGGUGCACUCCAUGUACAGACACACGGGCGCGAGCUUCCAGAAGGCCCAGGACGAGUUCUCUCAAGGUGUCGUCACGAACCGAAGCUUCCAGUCCGCCGCCGCCGCUUCAGCCUUCCAGUAACAUCGUUCAUUCAAGGACGAACCGUGUCCGAGGCUUCUCGACACGCUCAUUUGGUUUACUGAAAACACGUUUGGGUGAAAGUUACCUGGCUGUUGAUCGUGUAAUGAAGGCAAUGUAUACAGGGUUUCAUGCAAAAGGUACAAUAAAGGAGUAGUUCACUUUUAGAAAACCUUUACUGAUGAUUUCCUCACCCCCAUGUCAUCCAAGAUGUCCACGUCUU